AUGCCAGAAGGUUAUAUCAACCAACUCUGCUCUUCAAGCAAACCCUCAAUUCCAAAUGAUAUUAAUGUACAAUACAAAUAUUCAAAAACAUUAUUAUCUUAA